CGUCGACGACGCAACGGGAACGGCAAAUAAAAGAAAUCGUACAGAAAUAUAGUGCACAGCAUGAAUUAAAGCAGAAAAAAACUAAUUGAAACGAUUUUCUAAAUAUCAAAAGUGCGCAACGCCAAAGGGAAUUGGGAAUAAGCCCCAGCCGAGCGCUAAAUUGGCCCAGAGAGAUGUCCGGCAGGCGAGCGCAAUCGCUGCCGGCGCACAUGUUGGAGCCGCAGAAGCCGACGCGAGGCCGCUGCGUGACGGCAAUCUGUUUCUCUUGGAAGGUGCUCACCUGCGUGGUCUCCCAUGUACUGCUCGUUCUGCUGGUCGUCUCCUAUUGCGUGGGUGGCGCCUAUCUCUUCCAGCAUCUAGAGCGGCCACACGAAAUAGAGGUGAAGCGUGAUGUACAGCAUCUGCGCUAUAAUCUCACGGAGCGCAUUUGGCUGCUGUCUGAUGAUGCCGCUGUGCUGCGCGAGAACGAUUGGAUGGCCAAUGUGAGCAAGCACUUGGCCAACUUUGAGAAUCAAAUACUCACUGCCAUUAAGUCAGGCGGCUGGGAUGGCAAUGAGGAUGUUACCAAAUCGCAAUGGACCUUUGCCGGCUCGCUCUUCUAUUCCAUCAUAGUCAUCACUACCAUAGGUUAUGGCCACAUAUCGCCGCGCACCGACUGGGGCAAGGUGACAACAAUUUUUUAUGCCAUCGUUGGCAUACCCUUGAUGCUGCUCUGUCUGUCAAACAUUGGCGAUGUGAUGGCCACCUCGUUUCGCUUCCUGUACUGGCGCAUUUGUUGUUAUGUGUGCACACGCUCGGCCAAGCGCACCAGGAAGAAUCGUUCCAGGCAACGUUCGAUGCGCAUGCGCCCCCAGCGAGUUGCCUCGCGCUCACAGCCGCCGCCUUCGUUUCGACGCUCCAUGAAGUUGACGCAGCGCUCCAACAAUGACUCCGGCCUGGGUCCUUCGAUGGGUCAUGCCUACUCAGACUCGGAGCUGCGCACCUAUGGACGUGGUCAUGAUGAUCAUCGCGGCAGCGGCAAUCGUCAGAAGCGGCAUGAUCCGCGCCAGCGUCACACCAUCUACGGCGAUGAGUACGAGACGCAGAUCUUCAACCGCAACAGCAGUCGCCAGCGUCAACGCGAUAGAAUGCGUGACCGCCAUACAGUGGAGCGGGAACGUUAUCUGGCGCACUCCCGCAACCACAUGCAUGGUUCCUUCGAUGACUUUAAUGAUCUGCCGCCAGCCAAGCGCGCAGCCAGCGUGCGCUCCGUGCGCUCGCCUCAACGACAGGAUGUGGCCUCCAAGGAGUUGUACCGCCUGCACUCGGCGCCUGGACGCGCACGCGCCAAGUCUGUAGAUCCACGUCAUGGACACGCGCACGCCUCUGCCCAUUACGAAGACGUGGAUGAGGAUGUGGUGCGCAAGACGCCUAUAAUACCCAAUCGCUAUGUGCUGGACAAUGUCGAUAUGGCCCAGAGCGGCGAGCACGCGCGUCAAGCUCCCAGAAGCCAAUCCAUGCCCAGAUCCGCGCAUCGCCAGCGUCAGCGGCAAAGAGAAGUCGAGCGCGAACGCUCGCCACAGCCGCGUGCAGCAACACAACAGCCACGAGCGCAUGGACGUCGCGCCGGCAGCUUGGGACGUCAAUCCUCACGCUAUGGCAAUCAUCUGGAACUGCCGGACUAUGAUAUGCCACCACCACAGCGACAUUCGCGUGGCCGCUCACCCCGCUACGAUGACUACGUGGAGGAGAGCUUCGAUGAGCUGUCAAUUUGCGAGGAUAACGGCCACUAUGAGGAUUAUCCAGUGCGUCAUAGUUCGCGUCAUCGCGAGCCCAGACGCGAGCGUCGCCGUCUGCCGCCUUCACCACGUAUUAUGUCGCCCAUGGGCUUUCCGGUGCAACGCCAGAUCAGAAGACGCCACAGCUAUGACUACGACGACGAUGACUCCAUGUAUGGCGAUGACUACGGUGAUAGGUUUGAGCUGGUGCCCAAAGAUCGUCCAGUGCCCAUUUGGCUGUGCGUCUUUCUGGUGGUCAGCUACAUACUCGGCGGCGCCGCACUGUUUGCCUUCUGGGAGCAGUGGUCCUUCCUAGACUCGGCCUACUUCUGCUUCAUAACGCUGACAACCAUAGGCUUUGGUGACUUUGUGCCUGCCAAGGGCGUCAAGGAUGAGUCGGAGCAGUCCAUUGCGUACUGCUCGCUGUAUUUGCUCUUUGGCAUAGCGCUGCUGGCCAUGAGCUUCAACCUGGUGCAGGAGGAGUUCAUAGCUAAUGUUAAGGAAGUGGCACGUCGCCUGGGCAUACUCAAGGAUGACGAUGAGGAGCAAGAAGAUGAAGAAGACUAAGUGCUUCGACAAAAUUUGUUUAU